AUGUUCUUAUCUUUUGUCAGUGGUGCCCGUUUGCUUCUUGUUUCGGAUAAUACUCGCUCGCAGCCACAUUUGCUGGCUGAUAUAUUGAGAAAACAUGUGCCGUCGUUCGUACAGUUGACCCCUUCUGUCUUACUUCUUUUGGACGACAACACCCUUGCGUGGAUGCUAGGCGAUUUAUCCCCGAUUCGAUGCCUUCUCAUAGGUUCGAAGAUUUUUUUCGAUGUCUGUUCGUUGCUUUAA